UAGUUAGCCAUGUAGCCCUAAACUCACUUGACAGCAUAUUCAACUUCAACUCAAAUUCAAUGCAAACUUCAGCCUGAUAAUAUCCACCGCUACAGCAGGAGGUGCAGCAGCUACAUGAAACUUCAACCCAACUUUACACCACCGAGGACGGAAGAAGCAGCGACACGAUGGCACUCUGCGGAAGAAGAGGUCGACCCAAGCUACUCUUCUUCCUCUUUGCUGCUUCUUUGGUGGGAUAUCUGAUCUUUGUGAGACGCAACUCCUCGGUGGAGGUGAGCGCCACGAACAGACGAGUUGCCCCAGUAGAGGUGAGCGAUGAGGACCUGAAGAAACCCGUGUAUGAGAAGCCACCACUGGAUUUAAACGCCCUGGGUGAGAUGGGGAGAGCUGCCAAACUCAACCUGAACGAAGAGGAGAAGAGACAAGAGGAAGAAGCCAUCAAUAAACAUCAGAUUAACACUUAUAUUAGUGAUAAAGUGUCGCUGCACCGCAGGCUGCCAGAGAGAUGGAACCCACUUUGCAGAGAGCUGAAGUAUGACUACCGUACCCUGCCGACAACAUCCGUGGUCAUCGCCUUCUACAACGAGGCCUGGUCCACCCUGUUGAGGACGGUCCACAGCGUGCUGGAGACGUCGCCCGACAUCCUGCUGAAAGAGGUGGUGCUGGUGGACGACUACAGUGAUAGAGCUCAUCUGAAGGAGCCAUUGGAGAAGUACAUCUCAAGUCUGAGGAAGGUGCGUCUGAUCCGGGCCACCAAGAGGGAAGGGUUGGUGCGGGCCCGGUUGCUAGGGGCGUCCAUUACCUCGGGCGAUGUGCUGACCUUCCUGGACUGUCACUGCGAGUGUCAUGAAGGCUGGUUAGAGCCCCUGCUCCACAGGAUCAAAGAGGAGCCGUCAGCCGUGGUGUGUCCCGUCAUUGAUGUGAUCGACUGGAACACCUUCCAGUAUUUAGGGAACGCUGGCGAACCCCAGAUCGGGGGGUUCGAUUGGCGGUUGGUCUUCACCUGGCACGUUAUCCCAGAUUAUGAACAGAAGCGCCGUCGCUCGCCCAUUGAUGUCAUCAGGUCUCCUACUAUGGCAGGUGGUCUGUUUGCUGUGGGAAGGUCGUAUUUCCAAUACCUGGGGACAUACGACACUGGGAUGGAGGUGUGGGGAGGAGAGAACCUGGAAUUCUCCUUCAGGAUUUGGCAGUGUGGAGGCAGCCUGGAGGUCCACCCCUGCUCCCAUGUGGGUCAUGUGUUCCCCAAAAAGGCCCCUUACUCGCGGAUUAAAGCUCUGGCAAACAGCGUGAGAGCCGCUGAGGUCUGGAUGGAUGAAUACAAAGAGGUCUACUACCAUCGAAGCCCCCACGCUCGACUGGAGGCCUUUGGAGACGUGACGGAGCGGAAGAAGCUCAGAGAGAAGCUGGGCUGUAAGAACUUCAAGUGGUAUCUGGAUAACAUUUACCCCGAUAUUCACGUCCCAGAUGAUCAGCCAGGAAAGUUUGGAAUGCUGAAGAACCGGGGCAAGAAGAACUACUGUUUUGAUUACAACCCUAUAGACGAGCACAAAGUGGUGGGCCAAAGGGUCAUCCUCUACCAGUGUCACGGCAUGGGUCAGAACCAGUUUUUUGAAUACUCCACGGACGGUGAGAUCCGCUAUAACACAAGGGAACCUGCCGGAUGCGUUGUGGGUGACAACAUCAGCACCUACCUGACUCUCCAGCUGUGUAGAAAACGAGGACAACCCUUACCCGCAGACCACAAAUUUGUCCUCAGAGAGGACGGGAGCCUGUACCACACGGCGAGCCAGAAGUGUGUUCAGGCGGUAGACAAGACCGACAACGGGACACCAGCUCCGUCACUCCAACCCUGCACCGACAGCCUCCACCAGAGGUGGUUCUUUGAGGAGAGAAUGUAAUGGUAAAUCAACCUAGAGUAUGUUUUUCAUUCAGGGCCGCUAUCCUGAGGAGGGAUACGGGUGGAUUGAAGUGUUUUGGAUAUGUUUGCCUUGCCCUGAAAGGAGCCCAAAGGAGGAAGCUUGCAUGCUCCCUUCCAAACUUUUUUUGCACAUUUCUGUGCCAGCUGGAUUUAAUGGACCAAUAUGAAAUUAUACUGACAAGUACUUUCUGAAGUACUUUGGAAAUAUGUAUGGGAAUAAGUGUUUUCUUGGAUGCUGUUGCUGGGAGACAGGAGCCUGCUGGAAGAUGUUUUGUUUUUGUAAUCGAGGAGGAUUAGUGAGGACCUGCACAUUUGUACAUGCUGACUUUUUUUCUUGUUUUACCCACUCCACUACUGGUGCAAUCUUUGAGAUCAGUUUAGCUCACUUGCUUUACACACACGUGCACAAUCACUGGAACACUUGUGCAUCUGUCUAAAUGAUAAUAACUGCUUUAUACCUCUGUCAACAAACUCGCGAGUGGCUGACAUUACAAUGUUUUUCACAGCCACAUCCUGAAGCAUUUUUAAAAUGUUUGCAUCUUCUCCCGUAGAGGGCGCCAACGCUCCUCUCUUCAAGUUCCUCUCUUUCACUGUGUUCCCUAUUUGUCGAGAGAAAGUGGGACAAAUCUUCAGGUAUUUUGUUAAAGAACCUUUUCAGGACAUUUUUUUAGUGCUUUCUACUCUUACAUACCAGUGGCUUAGAGAAAGCCUUAGAUCACAGGCAUUAUGGAAGUACCUAGUACCUCUUCGACUUAAUCACCUAACUACUGAUAACAGGAGAAACUCCAGUCCUCCUCCGUUCUGCUUUGACUAAAGUCAUUUUGCAAUGCAAAUUUAACUUUAAGGUAAAAUGACAUGGGUCAUUUCUCUAGUUUUGUAGUCAUUUUUGUAACUUUUUUUUUCUCUGUUUUGUGCUCUUUAAAUGAUAUGCAGCUUCAAAAGACUAAAUCAUAGCCAUAUUUUCUGGAUUUACUACAUGUGUUUAUUUUAAAUUAUAAGAUACUGUGUUAUUUCUUGCAGACAUAUCUCAACUUUAGUCAUAAAUAAGUGGGAAUGUAUUCACUUAAUGCUGGUAACUGCAAAUAGAAAGAGUAAUGGUACGUAUCCACAGGAUCCGUCCUUUCCACACUUCCCAUUCAUUGUCUACGUAAACAGCCGUGCAAUGCAUUCUGGUAGCUUAGUGCUGUGUUUUGAGAGACAGACCGCCAGUAUGCCCAUUCCUCAUUUACAUAAAGUUUAGGUCUAGGCUACUUUACACAAAUCAGCAUAAGCAUGACUCCGUUAACUCCCAAAAAACUUUUAAACAAUCCGUUGUCGAUCUAAAAUAAAGACAGAUUCAGAAACACAUUUCGGUGAACUAUUUUUGUAAUAUAUGAGGAAAAAAGUUUCUAUUCAAGUUGGUUCCGGUUUGAAAGCUGGAAGCAGCAACACGCGAGGAAAAGCGUUCGUCUAAUCAGUAGCCUAGUAUCUAGUGGCAGCCCAUCACGCAUCCAAUGCUGGGAUCCCUCGCAAUCCAAAAACGCCCCUGUGGACACGUACCAUAAGAUCCUCUUUCCAGUCUCACCUGUACACUUCAACCCCAUAGAAAAGUGCCUAAAUGUAAAAAAAAAACAUAUAAUUCUAUUUUAAUAUAUAUAUCCCUUCUGGAAGAUGCUUUUGUACUGAAUGUAUAUUUUGUCACACAAUGAGAACUGUAGUUAGAGUUGUGACAAAGUGUCUGCACAAUUACAAUACGUAUGCUCCCCUGCUGACAAUACAGUACGCACAGACAAGAUGGUAUUCCCCUGAGUGCACGUGUGUGACUCUGGUGGGUUGUACUGAUUUGUGCUCGCAGCCUCUUUUUUCCAUCCGUCAGAAUCAGACAACUAUAGAUCCCCUCUGUUGUUGUGGUCACUUGUGUGGCUGGCUGUCCCUCAGGCUAUGCAG